AGAACUGUUAACCCCUUCUCUUCUUUCUUUCUUUCUCCACAUUCACACACCCACCACCAGUCAAUGUCUGAAUAACUGUCUUCCAUUUCGGCGGCCUCACGUUUCUCAGUUCCUUCCUCUUCGCCCCUAUAUAACUUUUUCUACUACUUUUCAGUUUACGUUUCUCAAUUUUCCCUAAAAAAACCACAAGAUCUUGAUCACGAUGACCUCUGUUGCUUUCAAUCCGGUCUAGGUUUUACCUAAAUCGGAUGCUUAGUUAUAUAUAUCUGAAAAAGGUUUGUCUAGUUAGUUCUAGUGUGAGAUCUGAGUGAUUGUUUCAUGGCGGAAGCCCGUCGCUACGCACUUGCUGCUCAGUUAGAUAUUGAUCAAAUACUUUUAGAAGCACAGCAUCGAUGGCUUCGACCUGCAGAAAUAUGUGAAAUUCUUCGAAAUUAUACCAAGUUCCGGAUUGCUUCAGAGCCUGGAAAUAGGCCUCCAAAUGGUUCACUUUUUCUGUUUGACCGGAAGGUGUUGAGGUAUUUCAGAAAAGAUGGACAUAACUGGAGGAAGAAAAAAGAUGGGAAGACUGUUAAAGAAGCUCACGAAAGGCUCAAAGCUGGAAGCAUUGAUGUGUUACACUGCUACUAUGCUCAUGGAGAAGAUAAUGAAAAUUUUCAGAGGCGUAGCUAUUGGUUGCUUGAAGAGGAGCUAUCAAAUAUUGUUCUAGUCCACUACCGUGAAGUAAAGGGGAGUAGGACAAACACAAACCGUGUUAGAGAGGUUGGAGAAGCUACUCCCAACUCCUUGGAAAGUGAAGAGAACAUAUCUAGUUCAGAAGUGGAUAGUUCUGUUUCUUCUAAAUUUCGGACAUUUAAUUACCCUGUGGCUUCACAAACUACUGAAAACAGUACACAAGCUUCAGAAUAUGAAGAUGCUGAGUCAGCAUAUUCUCACCAAUCUACUUCCAGAUACGGUUCUAUCCUCAAUUUGCAGCCAAAGACCGACGAUCAGCUCUCUAUGCCUUAUUAUCCAGCUCCUCCUUCAAAUGAUUAUGAUGCAAAAUUUCAAGUGAAUCCCGAUAUGAGUUUUGUCUCGCUCAUGCAAGGGGGCAAAAUUGACAACAAUCCUGAUGCGGGUUUUACAUAUAAACCCCAGAAAAAUCUUGACAUGCCAGCUUGGGACAAUGACUUUGAAGGGUAUCAGUCAACUCAUCUCUCAACUCAACCUUAUAACCCUAAUAUCUUGACCCAUGGGAAUGAGAUGCCACGUCAGAUUAUGCCAGAUGGAUCCAAUAAAAUGCAGGAAUUCAGAGGAAAUCCAGGGUGGCAGCUUGAUGGACCAUAUAAUGUCCCCUCUAGGUUUCAAGAAGAACUUAGUUAUGCAGAAAUUUUCAAAGCCUUUGAGUCUAACGACACCAUUGAUCACAACAAUCCUCUAAUAACACAAAUCAACAUGGAAUCACAUGUAACAAAUGAAGAUGGUGGAAGACAUCUACAACCAAAUCUUGAGAGCAAUCCAAAUCCAAGUGUAGAUGAAAAACCUGGGUCUCUGAAAUCACCAUUCCUGGAAGGAUUCAAGAAGGAAGGAAUUAAGAAGCUUGACAGCUUUGACCGAUGGAUGAGCAAAGAACUUGGAGAUGUAAAGGAGUCACAAACACAGUCCACUUCUGGGACUUAUUGGGAGGCUGUUGAAAGUGAGAAUGGAGUUGAUGAUUCCAUUAUUAGCCCACAAGUGCACUUGGAUACUUAUGUUUUAGGCCCUUCUCUCUCCCAGGACCAGCUGUUUAGCAUCAUUGACUUUUCUCCCAACUGGGCUUAUGCUGGCUCCGAAAUCAAGGUUUUAGUAACUGGAAGAUUCCUAAGGAGUCAACAAGAAUUACAACAUUGUGAAUGGGCAUGCAUGUUUGGGGAAUUAGAAGUUCCUGCAGAAGUCGUAGCAGAUGGUGUUCUUCGUUGUUACACCCCCGGGCACAAGUCAGGCAGGGUCCAUUUUUAUGUCACAUGUUCCAAUAGAGUCGCAUGCAGUGAAGUACGUGAAUUCGAAUUCAAAGUGAAUGAGAAUCUCAGUCAAGACAUGGAUGGUGUUCAAGACAUCAAUGCUGACAACUCUAAUGGGACGCUUCUCCAUAUGCGAUUCGUGAAACUGCUAUCACUUGGUCCGGAGACUGCCCGAAACUCUGCCCGAAGUGUGGUUGACCCUGAACUGUUGAACCAGCUUAGUAGGUUGAUUCAGGAGGAUGAUAGAGAGUGGGAGCAAUACCCGUCUGAAAAAGCACAGAAUCAGCUUCUUGAAAGGCUGCUUAAAGAGAAGCUGUAUGCAUGGCUUAUUCAUAAGGUGGGAGAAGGUGGGAAAGGCCCGAGUGUGUUGGAUGAAGGGGGGCAGGGGGUGUUGCAUUUUGCAGCGGCUCUUGGUUAUGAUUGGGCUAUUCCGGCCACAGUUGCUGCCGGUGUUAGUAUUAACUUCCGUGAUGUCAAUGGAUGGACUGCUCUCCAUUGGGCUGCAUCUUGUGGCAGAGAGCGUACAGUAGCAUUCCUGAUUUCAGAAGGUGCAUUAGCGGGUGCAUUAACGGAUCCAUCUCCAACAUACCCAUCAGGCAGAACACCUGCAGACUUAGCCUCCGCCAACGGCGACAAAGGAAUCGCCGGUUACUGUGCGGAAGCCGCCCUAAGCACCCACCUCGAACAACUCAAACUAAAAGACCGUGAUUCCAAAGCCAAAGCCGUACAGACAGUCUCCGAGAGGACCCCAACACCACCCGGGUACGGGGACAUGCCGCAAGGCCUGUCUCUCAAGGACUCACUGGCGGCAGUCUGUAAUGCCACCCAAGCUGCCGCCCGCAUCCAUCAAGUGUUUAGGGUUCAGUCGUUUCAAAAGAAGCAGAUGAAAGGCGGUGAAUUUGAAAUGACAGAGGAGCGCGCGGUUUCCAUGGCUUUGAAGUCAUCUAGAAUGGGAGGACAGCAUGAUGAGCCUGUACAUGCUGCUGCUGCUGCUGUCAGGAUACAGAAUAAGUUUAGAAGUUGGAAAGGGAGGAAAGAUUUUUUGAUGAUGAGGCAAAGAAUCGUCAAAAUUCAGGCACAUGUUAGAGGGCAUCAAGUUCGGAAAAACUACAAAAAGAUAGUGUGGUCGGUGGGAAUACUAGACAAGGUGAUUUUGCGGUGGAGGCGUAAAGGAAGCGGUUUGCGAGGGUUUAAGCCGGAACCAGUGGCUGAAGGCAGCACCAGCACUACCACAACAGUGGCAAAAUCUGGAAAGGAGGAGGAUGAUGACUUCUUCAAAGAAGGAAGGAAGCAAACAGAGCAGCGACUGCAGAAAGCCCUUGCAAGAGUCAAGUCCAUGGUUCAGUACCCUGAGGCAAGAGAUCAGUACCGUAGAUUGCUUAAUGUUGUCAAUGACAUGCAGGAAAGUAAGGCUGUAUAUGAUAAGGCUUUGGAGAGUUCAGAAGAAGCCAUUGACUUUGAUGAGGACCUGAUUGACCUUGACGCCUUGCUAGAUGAUGAUGAUGCCUUUAUGAACAUCUGAGCCUUAUUGCUUUCCUGUAUUUGGAUUGUGGGCUGUGGCAUAUAUAUAUAUAAAGCUUUAUUUUGUAAAUGCUAUUAUUGUUUGAUUUAAAGUGGGACUUGAACUGGACUGGACUGGACUGCUUAGGAACAUUGUUAUGUUAUCUCUGUACAUUAUAAUAUGCUUCUUACCAUGUACUAAACCAAAUACUUCUGACUUUAAUAUUAUUACUUGAAACAUCAA